UUAACAUAUAAAAUGGCUACUCAACCAUUGUUAGAGACAUUACCCAAAGACUUUCACAAGAUGCCUCCUAAUUAUGACUUUUCACAUAAGGGUAUUAUUGAAUUGUAAUAUAAGGAAUCAAUUGGAAAGAUUAUGAGAAAGAUUUUGUGUUAAGGACUGAUGCAGUUUGGGAAAAAGAUCAAUUAAAAGAUUGGUUUAGAUUAUAUACAAAAGUAAAUAACUCUAUAAUUUUAGUGUUUUUACUUUGAUACAACAGCAAAUAAAUAUUCUUUGAUGGAGCCUGAUGAUGUGUAUACUAUAUUAUUUGAAGGAUGUAAUGGAUUAUUUACAAAUCUAAUAUAGGGGCAUUGGAAGAUUGUUUAUUUCCUUUUAGAGGUACAACUCCAACUGGCAGAACUAAUUGUUUCUAAGUUGGUUUACCACCUAAAUAAAAAGUCUAUGUUCCUUAUCCAACAUAUUAAUCAUAAUAAGAUUACUUUACUCUCUGUGCCUUGAGAUUUUAAAAAUGGUUUGAUUGUGAUUAAGCUGAGCAUUUCAAAAUGGAUAAAACUGAAGCUGAUUAUUUGAAAAGAGCAAAAGUCUAUCCAUGUUAUGCUAUGUUUUAUGAGGCUGCUUAUGCAUGCACAGUUAUUUAUUUAUUUUACAUUAUAGGAUGAUAUGUUUGAUUUCCUUAUGGAAUUAGCAUAUACAAGACGAUCAAAUAGAACAUUUGAAUAUAACCAUUUCCAACAUGAAAUGCGUCGUCCUCCAACUGUUUAUGAUUCUCCUAAAAAUGCAGAGAGAAUUAAAAAAACAUAUUGAAAUAUCAUUAGUAAAUGUAAAAUAAUAUCAUAA